CUCCUCCACCGCUCCGACCAGGUGGCCCGACACGGGACGGUGGAAAGCGACUCGGAGGAGAGGGUCCCCGCUGACGGCGGUCGCCGCCACAGCGACACGCGGGGAGCAGCAGCCGAAGACGGCGGCCGCCGCACUAACCAUCGCACGUGGAGGAUAAACGGCCGACACGGCCAUCGCGGCGGCCAGCCAAAGGAGAGAGUUAGCGAAGACCAGGACUUGAGUCGCGGCGAAGACUGGGAAAGAAGCCGGGAAGACGGCGAGCACCGCUGCAGGGGCUCUACGGGAAGAGGAAGUGAAGACGUCGGCUUCUCCCGCAGUGACUCGAGAAGGGUCAGCGAGGACCUGGGCCACCGCCGCACUGUCUCUCGGGAGAGAGUUAGGGGAGACGGUGGCCUCCGUCCCAGCAGCUCUUGGGAGAGGGUAAGGGCGCAUCGCAGCGACGGGAAUUUAAGUGAAGUCGGCGGCCACCAAACUAGUGACUCCGGGGGAGCGGUCAGAGAAGACGGUGGCCUCCUCCUCAGUGGGACUUGGGAGGGAGUCAGGGAAGUCCGGGGCCCGCCAACCGCCGACUCCGGGGAGAGAGGCAGUGAUGACCGCAGCAGCCGCCUCAGUGGCUCUGUGGAGGGGGGGAGUGUCGAUGGCGGCCCCAGCCUCAGUAGUUCAUGGGAGGGAGUAAGUGAAGACCGCGGCUACGCGGCCAGCGACUCCUCCGCGGUGAGCGUCGGCGAGGACGCCAGCCGCCGCCUCAGUGGCUUCUGGGAGAGGGACAGUGAAGAAGAAGGUUUCCGCUGCGGGGGCUCCUGGGAGAGAGCCAGGGAGGACGGCGGCCCCGGUCCUAGCGACGACGACGAAGACGGCCGCCGCAGUGGCUCGUGGGUGACAGCCAGUGAAGACCGCCGCAGCAGCAGCAGCGGCCGGGACUCAACCCCUCUCCGGAGUCCGAGGGAUCGCGCCAUGCCCGGGGUGCCCGGUUCAGGCCCCUCCACCUCCUCCGCGGAGACCGCAACCCCGGGUGCCAGGAAGAAGGUGCAUUUUGGUAGCGUACAUGAUGCAGUACGAGCUGGAGAUGUAAAGCAGCUUUCAGAAAUAGUGGAACGUGGAGCCAGCAUUAAUGAAGUUGACAUUCUUCAUAAAUUUACCCCUUUACAUUGGGCAGCACAUUCUGGAAGUUUGGAGUGUCUUCAUUGGCUCCUCUGGCAUGGAGCUGAUAUUACACAAGCAACUACAAGAGGUUGGACAGCAGCUCACAUAGCUGCAAUCAGAGGUCAGGAUGCUUGUAUGCAGGCUCUUAUAAUCAAUGGAGCAAAUUUGGCAGCUCAAGAUGAUCGGGGAUGCACCCCUUUACACCUUGCUGCAACACACGGACAUUCUUUCACUUUACAAAUAAUGCUCCGAAGUGGAGUGGAUCCCAGCGUGACUGAUAAGAGAGAAUGGAAACCUGUACAUUAUGCAGCUUUUCAUGGGCGGCUUGGCUGUUUGCAACUUCUAGUUAAGUGGGGAUGUGGCAUCGAAGAUGUGGACUACAAUGGAAACCUUCCAGUUCACUUAGCAGCCAUGGAAGGCCACCUUCACUGUUUUAAAUUCCUACUCAGUAGAAUGAGCAGUGCAACACAAGCUUUAAAAGCUUUCAAUGAUAAUGGAGAAAAUGUAUUGGACCUGGCCCAGAGGUUCUUUAAGCAGAACAUUUUACAGUUUAUCCAGGGGGCUGAGUAUGAAGGAAAUGAUCCAAAAGAUCAGGAAACUUUAGCAUUUCCAGGUCAUGUGGCUGCCUUUAAGGGUGAUUUGGAAAUGCUUAAGAAAUUAAUAGAAGAUGGAGUAAUUAAUGUUAAUGAACGUGAUAAUAAUGGAUCAACUCCUAUGCAUAAAGCUGCUGGACAAGGCCACAUAGAGUGUUUGCAGUGGAUAAUUAAAAUGGGAGCAGACAGUAAUAUUACCAACAAAGCAGGGGAGAAACCCAGUGAUGUGGCUAAGAGGUUUGCCCAUUUAGCAGCAGUAAAGCUAUUAGAGGGACUACAGAAGUAUGAUAUUGAUGAUGAGAAUGAAAUUGAUGAAAAUGAUAUGAAGUUUUUUAUAAGACAUGGUGUUGAGGGAAGCACUGAUGCCCAGGAUGAUUUAUGUCUCAAUGAGUCAGAUAAAACAGAUGCCAGAAUGAGAGCUUAUAAGAAAAUUGUAGAGUUGAGACAGCUCCUGGAAAUUGCUGACAGCAACUAUAAACACUUGGGAGGGAUAACAGAAGAAGAUCUAAAGCAGAAGAAAGAACAGCUUGAGUCUGAAAAGACUAUCAAAGAGCUUCAGGGCCAGCUGGAGUAUGAACGACUACGCAGAGAAAAAUUAGAAUGUCAGCUGGAUGAGUGUCGAGCAGAGGUGGAUCAACUCAGGGAGACACUGGAAAAAAUUCAGGUCCCCAACUUUGUGGCUGUGGAAGAUGACUCUUCUUGUGAAUCAAGCAAAGAGAAGAGGCGAGUGAAGAAAAAGAUGUCUUCUGGGGGAGUUUUUGUGAGAAGGUACUAAUCAGUGAAAUAACUAAAUAAACUUGCUUGGUUUUUAUCUUUUA